CCAAUUUCUUCAUCUUCAUCAAUUCACUCCUCAAACUCAGUCAAUCUUACCCAUUCUUCAUUCCACCGGAAAACUCUCAAAUCCGAUCCAUGGCUCCCGCAAAGGCAGAGAAGAAGCCCGCCGAGAAGAAACCCGCAGAGAAGUCACCUGCCGAGAAAAAGCCAAAGGCCGAGAAGAAGAUCUCGAAGGAAGGAGGAAGCGACAAGAAGAAGAAGCGCGUGAAGAAGAGCGUAGAAACCUACAAGAUUUACAUCUUCAAGGUUCUGAAACAGGUUCAUCCUGAUAUCGGUAUCUCAAGCAAAGCUAUGGGGAUCAUGAACAGUUUCAUCAAUGAUAUCUUUGAGAAACUCGCUCAGGAAGCUUCCAGAUUGGCGCGUUACAACAAGAAGCCUACUAUUACUUCUCGGGAGAUUCAGACGGCGGUGCGUUUGGUUCUUCCGGGUGAAUUGGCUAAACACGCUGUUUCUGAAGGAACCAAGGCCGUUACCAAAUUUACCAGUUCUUAGAUUUGUUUUUAGGGUUUUUUCUUGUUAUCCCUUAGAUCUAGAAUUUUCUUGAGUUUCUGAUGUAGAUUUGGUGUCCUGAAUAGCUAUAAUUUAAUCGUUCCCUUUGAAUAAACUAUCUUUUGAUCCAA